CUGUAUGACUGUGUGGGAACUAUGCAUGAGAGGGAAGGAAGAGUAUAACUCCACCCUGAGCCCAGAGUAUAAAUAUUGCCUUAAAAGCUUAGCUGAGUGAGCCUCUGAAGAUUGUCUGCAGAAUCCGAUUAACUACCUUGAAGUAAAACUCCUCAACCUCAAGCCCUGCCUGGGUUAAUCUGAGGUUGGUGCAGCCGUCAAGAUGUACCACACUCUUUUGCUGAUGCUCCUGGUGGGAGCAACACUUUCCAAACAUCCAGAAGAGGACCAAAAACUUAAGUCAAUAAGAGACAGAUCCCAUCACGUUGCCAGAAGCUGUGCAGAAAUCAAGUCUAAAUAUUCCGAAAAUGAGGACGGGCUGUACUACUUGACCACAGAGAACGGGGUGGUGUACCAGACCUUCUGUGACAUGACCUCAAGCGAAAGUGCAUGGACGUUGGUGGCGAGUGUCCACGAGAACAACAUCCACGGGAAGUGCACGCUGGGGGAUCGGUGGACGAGCGAGCAGGGCAACAACCCCUUCAGGCCGGAGGGAGAUGGCAACUGGGUCAACAUGAACACUUUCGGACAGGUUGAAGGUUCCACUUCGGACGAUUACAAGAACCCCGGUUACUAUGACCUCAAAGCAAAAGACAUGUCAGUCUGGCAUGUCCCCAACAAUCAACGGGUGAAUGACUGGAAACAAACCGCCAUCCUGCGCUACCACACAGAAACACAGUUCCUUACCCAGCAUGGGGGAAACCUGUACGAGCUGUUUAAGAGUUAUCCAGUGAAAUGGAUGGCUGGGGCACCUUUGCGCGACAACGGACCCUCCAUUCCCAUAGUUUACGACUACGGGAGCAGAGAGACCACCAAAGCAUUUUACGGCCCUUACGCUCAAAGGGAGAUGGAACCAGGCUUCAUCACUUUCAGGGCAAUUAACUACGAAUGGGCCUCAACAGCCAUCUGCUCCGGGACCAAGCCAAAAGGUGGUCAGGUUGAUGCCUACUGUAUUGGUGGUGGUGGGUUUUUCCCUGAGGGAGCGCCACAGCAGUGUGGGGACUUUGUCUCCUUUGCCUGGAGUGGCUAUGGAACCCAUCAGGGCUGGAGUGUAUCCAAAGACAUGCUUGAGUCAGCUGUGUUACUCUUCUACCGCUGAUGACCAUUUGCUUUUUGUGCAAUUGUUUUGUCCACGAAUUCUAUUACUAAACUGACUAAAGUAAUACUAUAAAACGAUAGCCAUUCAGUGCCAUAACAUUUGUUGGUGGAUGCCUUAUGUAAUCAUGAAUUGGCUCAUGUUGUGACAUGUCGCUUUCUCCUACUGUGUAAUAAUAACAAUAAAAGUGCUCCAUAGAUUAAUCUGCAUGAAAAGAGCCUACUGUAUUUUUUUCCUCCUAUUGUUAUAAUGAACUUCACAUUUCCAUAAUGCAUACCCCCAGUGCUGGAUGUACACAUUGUCUGAACAUCACCCUCGCCUGCUGCUGUGACUGUGUUGGAACAGCAUAGGGCUUCAGCACGUGAAACGUUCCACACCCCAUUUGUUAUUGCAUUACGUUUUAAAAGCUCUCAUCAAGCAAAAUGUGCUCUAAAAAUGUAAUGGUCACGUUGGCAUGGUUA